AUGGGCCUGCUGCGGAGCGUGCAAUGUUUGCUCGCUUAUCGGGCGAGCAGCCACCGCCUCCCUGCCCGGGGGGGUUUCGUCAGCCUCCCGCAGCGCUCCAGGGGAGACUGGUCGGCCACCGCUGCUUACACAAGGAACCCCCUCGUCUGCUCUGCAGCCAUGGCCACCUCGGCGAGCUCCCACCUGAGCAAAGCCAUCAAGCACAUGUACAUGAAGCUGCCGCAGGGGGAGAAGGUCCAAGCCAUGUACAUCUGGAUCGAUGGGACUGGGGAGCACCUCCGCUGCAAAACCCGCACGCUGGACCACGAGCCCAAGAGCCUGGAAGAUCUCCCCGAGUGGAAUUUCGACGGCUCCAGCACCUUCCAGGCUGAGGGCUCCAACAGCGACAUGUACCUGCGGCCUGCUGCCAUGUUUCGGGACCCUUUUCGCAAGGAUCCAAAUAAACUCGUUCUCUGCGAGGUCUUCAAAUACAACCGCCAGUCUGCAGAGACAAAUCUCCGAUACACCUGCAAGCGGAUUAUGGAUAUGGUGUCCAACCAGCACCCCUGGUUUGGGAUGGAGCAAGAGUACACUCUUCUGGGGACAGAUGGACAUCCGUUUGGCUGGCCUUCCAACGGCUUCCCCGGACCCCAAGGUCCGUACUACUGCGGUGUAGGAGCAGACAAAGCCUACGGCAGAGACAUUGUGGAGGCCCACUACCGAGCAUGCCUUUACGCUGGCGUGAAAAUUGGAGGAACCAACGCAGAAGUGAUGCCAGCCCAGUGGGAGUUCCAGGUGGGACCAUGCGAAGGGAUUGAGAUGGGGGAUCACCUCUGGAUUGCACGCUUCAUCCUCCACCGGGUGUGCGAAGACUUCGGAGUCAUUGUGUCCUUCGAUCCCAAGCCCAUCCCUGGGAACUGGAAUGGUGCUGGUUGCCACACCAACUUCAGUACCAAGAACAUGAGGGAAGAUGGAGGUCUCAAGCACAUUGAAGAGGCCAUCGAGAAGCUGGGCAAGCGUCACCAGUACCACAUCCGUGCCUACGACCCCAAAGGGGGGCUGGACAAUGCCAGGCGCCUGACGGGUUUCCACGAGACAUCCAACAUCCACGAGUUCUCCGCUGGCGUGGCCAACCGCGGUGCCAGCAUCCGCAUCCCUAGGAACGUGGGUUAUGAGAAGAAGGGCUACUUCGAGGACCGCCGGCCCUCUGCCAACUGUGAUCCUUAUGCUGUGACAGAGGCCCUCGUCCGCACGUGUCUCCUCAACGAAACUGGAGACGAGCCUUUUGAGUACAAGAACUAAGCGGACUGGGCCCACAGACACCGCCUUCCCCCCGCACUUCCCGCACCCCUAAACAUCCCUUCUAGAUGUAAUCCCAAGGGUACAAGAUAACACGUUUCGUUUCUCAGUAA